UGGAGGCCAGGACCUCCCAUCUGUGAAUAUGGCUCUCCAUCCCCUGAGCCCCGUGAGUACUAGUGUAAUGCAAAAAAAGCAGGAAGAGCUAAUCAAUAGGCGUUAAGUGAUUUGCUCAAGGUCCCACAGCCAGGAGCUGUCUGAGACCAGCAUCUCUUUGCAACAUCUGGCUGCGGCUGCAAAGAUGCCUGUCUGUAUUGGCCUCAUUUUCUCUGAAGACCUCUCAUGUCCCCACUACCUCUGUGGGCCGGAGCAUUUCUCAGCCUGGCCUCGGCCUCGGGCUCUUUCCAUCUGGGCUGGAGGUUCCUGUCCUGCUGGCACAGAGACCGUGAAACAGGUCCUUCCCAACAGGAGCUUGGGUUUUCCCGGGGUCCUUUUUGCUGCUGGUUCCUUCAAACGCCACCUCGUAGCUUCCUCUCCUGCUCAGCCUUAGGUGGAACAUGGACCUGCCCUCUGUUGGGAAACUGAGGUCCAGGGAGUGGGGAACCAGGAUGAGCCAGAGCAGGCGUCGGCACCUGGUCUUGCUGGCUCGCCUGCCUGGUCGGUAAUAGAGGUGCUUAUUUCAGAAGUGGGUGUGGGAAGGUGGGAGGAGCUGGGAGCUCCAGCCGAGCCACACACACACCUGGCUUCAUCGUGGUUGGCACGGCAUCUUCUCCCUGGCGCUCCACAGGAUUUGGAAGGCAUGGCUCUGUCUAUGCCUGGGAGCAGUCUGCUGUCUGUUCGGAUCCUAAAGGCCCAUGGUUUCCCAUCCAAAGACAUACUAACCCAGUCUGACAGCUAUGUGAGCUUAUGGCUGCCCACAGCAUCAAGCCAGGAGUUUCGGACACGUACAGUAAGGAACUGCAGUAACCCUGUCUGGAACCAGACCUUCCGCUUCCGCAUUCACAGCCACCUCAAGAAUUUGCUGGAGCUGAAAAUGUUUGACCAGGACUUUAUGACCAAAGAUGACCCCGUAUUCUCUGUGCUCUUUGAUGUGGGGACUCUGAAAGCUGGGGAGAGCCACCGGGAGAGCUUUACCCUCAAUCCUCAGGGCCAGGAACAGCUGGACGUGGAAUUCUGCCUACAAAGUUUCCCUGCAUGCCCUGAACAGCUCAUCACCAACGGUGUCCUCGUGGCCCGUGAACUUUCCAGCUUGGAUGUUAAACUAGAAAAGAUAGAGAGCACACUAGAUAACACAGAAUCAGACAGUAGAGUCCAAGCCUUAAUGCCUGGGUCCUACGAGGGCAGCCAGACCAUCAUCUCAGGCACCAGCCCUGUGCGCUUCCACUCUCCAACUUGUUGGGACUCAGAGCUAAGUGUUAAGCUCCAGGACACUUCCCAGGAGGUACUGAAAGUGCCCCUGAAGUCAUUACCUUCUGGUCAUGCAGUGAAGGUUUCCUUACCCACAACAAAGGAACCAGCACUGAUGAUGCAGCUAAAAACCGAGAAAUGCCCCGAGGAGCCGGCUGUGCGCCUGGGCUUUGGGCUGUGCCAGGAGGAGCAGGCGUUCCUGAAGAAGAGGAAGCAGGUGGUGGCCAAAGCCCUAAAACAGGUUCUGCAGUUGGAGAACGAGCUGCCAGAGGAUGAGGUUCCAGUGGUGGCCAUCAUGGCCACAGGUGGUGGGAUCCGGGCGAUGACUUCCUUGUAUGGGCAGCUCUCAGGCCUGAAGGAGCUGGGGCUUUUGGAUUGUGUCUCCUACAUCACGGGAGCCUCAGGCUCUACAUGGGCCAUGGCCAACCUCUAUGAGGAUCCCGAUUGGUCACAGAAGGACUUGGCAGGGCCAAUGGCAGCAAUGAGGGCACAAGUGACCAAGAGCAAGCUCAGCAUCUUGGCCCCUUCCCGGCUACAGUGGUAUCGGCAGGAGUUAAAGGAGCGGGCCAAGCUCGGCCACCCUGCCUGCUUUACAAACCUGUGGGCACUGCUUAAUGAGGCCCUGCUGCAUGAUGAGGUGCCUCAUGACUACAAGCUAUCAGGUCAGCAGGAAGCCCUGGAGCACGGCCAGAAUCCGAUGCCCAUCUACUGUGCCCUCAACACCAAGGAGAAGAACCUGAGUACCUUUGAGUUUGGAGAAUGGGUGGAGUUCUCCCCAUACGAGGUUGGCUUUCCCAAGUAUGGAGCCUUUGUCCCAGCGGAGCUCUUUGGCUCCCAGUUCUUCAUGGGGCGACUGAUGAAGCGAUUGCCUGAGUCCCGGAUCUGCUUCUUGGAAGGCAUCUGGAGCAACCUUUAUGCAGCUAAUCUCCAAGACAGCCUGUACUGGUCCUCUGAGCCUGACCAGUUCUGGGAUCGCUGGGCUCAGGAUCAAGUCACCCUGGAGAAAGAGAACACCCCUUUACUGAAGAUGGAAGAGCCGCCCUCAGUUACAAGCAGGAUUGCUAAAUUUUUUAUGGACCUUUUAACCCGGCGUCCCAUGGCCGGGGCCAUUCACAACUUCCUGCACGGCCUUCACUUUCAUCGGGACUACUUUAAGCACCCCCAUUUCUCUGCCUGGAAAGGCACCAAGUUGGAUGGGCAUCCUUACCAGCUGACCCCUGCAGAGCCUUAUCUGUGCCUGCUGGAUGUCGGCUACUUUAUCAACACCAGCUGCCCUCCCCUGCUAACGCCAACACGAGAAGUGGAUCUCAUCCUGUCAUUAGACUACAACCUCCAUGGGGCCUUUCAGCAGAUGGAACUGGUGGGCCGGUACUGCCAGCAGCAGGGAAUCCCGUUUCCUCCCAUCGCCCUGAGUCCAGAGGAUAGGAAGCAGCCCCAGGAAUGCCACGUCUUUUCUGACCCAGAGUCUGCAGCUGCCCCCAUAGUGCUCCAUUUCCCCCUGGUCAAUGACUCCUUCCAGCAGCACUCAGCUCCUGGAGUCCAGCGGAAGCCUGAGGAGCUGGCAGCUGGAGAGGUGAACUUGAGCACUUCUGGUUCCCCUUAUCAUUACUCCAAAGUGACCUACAGCGAGGAGAAUGCUGAUAAACUGCUCAGCCUGGCCCGGUACAACAUCUGCAACAACCAGCAGCGGCUCCUCCAGGCCCUCAGGGAAGCUUUGGCUCACCGGAGACAACGACACCAACGACACCGUCAGGGUCAGGAGUGACGGAGGGACCACUGGGACCGCAUGAGCUGCGUUGCAAUCCAGGCUCAUCCUCCUGGUCCCUUCCUCCGUUUUCUAUUCCUUUGUGGCCUUCAGGAAUUGGCCUCAAUUCUUCACGAAUUCCAGACUUGCAAAGGUGGAGGGACCGAAUUGGCUCCUUGGGUGGUCCAAGUUCCUUCUUGGCUCUUCCACCCUGUGACCAAACCUUGGGAAUGGCUCGGACCUGAGGUCUGCCUCAGCCAGCUUCCAGAUCUACUACCACAAGAAGUUCUAGAGACCCCUGGAGGGGGGGGGCUGCCAGAGCUAGGAAGACCCGGGGGACAAGCCUUAUCAGAAAUACUUAUGAGGACCACCAGGAAAAAGAAAAGAAAGCAACCCCAAUACAGCGGGGUGUCCUGCGCUGUUUUCAUGAGUGGGCAGGAGGCUUGGCCCUCUGUUUGCUCCCUUGGGCCACAUGGAAUGCCAGGCCGGACAGCCCAUAGUGCUCACUGGUGAGGGUGGGAAGUGUGCGCGUGUGUGGUAGGAAGGAUGGAGAGAUAGGAAGGGAGGAGGGAUGAAAGGGAGGUGGUUGGAACCCAAACUGGUUCUUUUAAAUGGCUGAACUAUAUUUGACAUAAGAAAUCAAAGCCCCCAGACAUUUUAUUCUAUUGAUUUUCAUUGGUGAGAAGACAGAGCACAGAUCUAUGACUUCUAGUAUCCCGUGAUGAAGACUAGACAAUAACCAGUUUCUUCUUCGCGCCCUAAAAACAAUCACACUUUUCUAUAAGGAUUACCGGUGUAUGAUUUACAUUCACUUCAGCUUAGAUCUCCAUGUGACCCUUUUCCAUUUGGGCGGUUCAGAGAUAGUAAUAGAAAUAAAUAUUAGGGAGAGGACUUUCCACCAUAGGAAAUCUAUUCUCAAGAUAUUGACUAGUCCUAAGCAAGGAAAUACACAGAAAGUAAUGGCCAAGGCGUUAGAGUUGGAUGGGACUGGUGUAAUGGAAACAUACAAACAAAAGAAAACUGGAUAUGGCGCCAGAGGGUCUGGGAUCAAAUCUGGAUGAGUCAUUUGUUACUUGUGUUUUCUUGGGUGAAUCACUUAGAUUUUCUGGGCCCCAUUUUCCUCAUUUACAAAACAAAUGGGUUGGACUUCAUGACUUCUAAGGUCCCUUCUAGAUGGAAAUGUAUGAUUUUUGGAUCCUCUGAUCUCAGGCCAAAUUCUGGCCCUCCCAUUUUGUCUUCUUGGGCAAAUCUCUUUCCUCUCUAGGCCCCAGUGUACUGAUGUAUAAAAUGAGAGCUCAGGUGAAAGAUCUCUAAGGCCUCUUCUAGCUUUGAAGUCGAUGAUUCUAUGACUUCAGGGGUCAUCCAAAUCCUAUUCAAAUCACGAAUGUCCUCAAUCUCAGUAUGGAUGACUGAAGGGCCCUUGUGUCCCUCGGAGCUUAGAUAAUGAACAUGAAGCCCAGAGAUGGGAAUUAUCUUGCUCAAAGUCACCCAAAUAGAGAAAGAGAGCCAGGAUUCACCUGCAGGUUCUUUGAUGCCAAAUCUAGUGUUCUUCCUACUGGUACUUCCCAAACAAACAGUCCUCCAGCCUUCAUUUGAAGAUCUCCCAUGAUGCUGGCACUCACACUCACUCUAGAUAAUCCAUUCUGUUUUUAAACAGCUCCAUUUGUUAGGAAGAUUUCCCCCUGCCUCCUUGGGCCACACCCAUUUUCUGAGACCAGCCAGGAUAAGUUUGGCUUCUCUUCCACAAACCUUCCAGUAAUUUGAAGAUGACACGUCCCUCCUCCUCUUCUCCUUGUCUUGUCUUCUCUAGGCUAAGCCUCCUUUAUUCUUGCAACCCAUCUUUCUUUGGGAGAGUUCUUCAUCUCAGGGUUCCUUGUCAGACUGGCCAGAUCCUUAGGGACUCUCCAACUAAUUCAUCAAUGUUCCUUCUAAAAUGUGGCAGCCAGGAUGGCAAGUAGUCAUCCAGAUGGGCAUUGACCAGGCCAUAGCAAGACUUGUAAUACCCCAGCAUUUCAUUACUGGGGCCUAAAAUGGAACAAAUGGUUUUUUGUUGAGUUUUGGGCUGCCACUGUCCCACUGUUGACUCAUAUUGAGUUUGUGAGCCACAAAAACCUGGGGAUUUUAUUUUAUUUUAAUUGACAUGUUUUUUGACACGACAGACACUUUCCAACAAAUAACCAAACAAUCCUCUUCACAAAAUACAUCCCCUGAAAAGAGUUAAGCAAAACCAUCAUGGUCUCUUCCAUAUGAACUCUCUCCCCAUCUCAUACUUGUACAGCUGAUUAUUUUAAACCCAAGUGCAAGACUCUAUAUUUAUUUCUAACCAUGAUGCAAUGGAAAGAGCUCUGGGUUUAGAUUCAGGAAACUUGGGUUCCAAUCCCACCCCUGCCACUUACUGUAUGAUACCGAGAAAAUUCUUUCACCUCUUUGGUGCCUCAGUUUCCUCAUUUGUAAAAUAGAGAUGAUAAUAGCAUCCACCAUCUACAGUUGUUGUGAAGAUCAAAUUGAGACGACAAUUGGAAAGCAAUCAGCCCAGUGUCUGGUACAUAGUAAGCCCUAUAUAAGUGCUAGCUUUUAUUAUUCCUGUUUUACUAGUCUAGCCAUGCUGUCAAAAAGAAAUUAGGUUGUUAAGGGUAGAAUAAUCUCUUCUGGAUGAAGGUGUGCUGGUUCCUCCCUUUUGAAAUUCUUACAAAUAACUAUUUUAAUGAUAUAUUCUGUUGUUGUUUUUUAAAACCAAGAAUUAAUGUCAAGGUCACCAACCAUGCACUGGUAGAGUGGGGAUUGAAACACCUGUGGUUUCUGGAGGUUGUUGUCAGCACCAAAUGAGAAUGCAUGUGAAACGCUCUAUCAGCUUUUAUUAGCUUGGGACAGUGGAAAGGGUGCUGAACUUGAAGUCACGGGACCACAGUUCAAAUUCUAGCUCUGCUUUCUUGUGGCAAGCCAUUUAUUGGGCCCUGUUGCCUCAUCUAGAAAAAUGAAGGAAUAGGACUAGAUGAUAGCUAAAAAUCCCUUCUACCUCUAAAUGCUAUAAUACUGUGAUCAGAGGUAGCCAAUAUUUUCUGUUUUUUUGAAAAUCAUGACAUUUCAGAGAUCGCCAACAGUCAUCACACUGAUGAGUUCUUUCAGACAAGGAACGAACUUAUUAAGAACAGGUAGGCCCCUGCCACAUCUCCUCCUUAUGGGUUCCAAUGACCUGAAAAACAGUUUUGUUCUCUCUGUCACAUUCUCAAAUUUCAAAUUUGAAAAUCUCUGUCACAUUCUUCCAGGUAGAGAAAAUAGAAACAAAAUAGAGAGUCGAGUAGUUCUGCUUUCUUCCAAUCCCACCCCUGCCACUUACUGUAUGAUACCGAGCAAAUUCUUUCACCUCUUUGGUGCCUCAGUUUCCUCAUUUGUAAAAUAGAGAUGAUAAUAGCAUCCACCAUCUACAGUUGUUGUGAAGAUCAAAUGAGACGAUAAUUGGAAAGCUAAUUCACCCCAAGUAGGGGCUCUCUUCUCUGAUCUUCCUCUUGCUUCCUCCUAGUUAAAAGUGCUCUCCUUCUUUGUGCCGAGCAUCUUUCAAAAGCCUUGGAGCCUGCAGGCCUCUCACCUUCCUCAUUCUGCUCUGAGGGGACUGUGCCAACUUUUGUAUGUAUCUGCAGUUAUUCACUUGAUUUGUAGUUGGAGAAUCUCGAGUUCAUUGGUGAUCUUUCCUCACCAAUGUAAUUCUUGCUAAACAUGCUUUUUUCUUUUUUUAAAUUGAUUUUGACUCCACAACUCAUAUUUUAUUCUUGGGAUCCUGCCAUUCCUUUUGGCCACCCUUUCCUUGUAAGGGUCUCUGGCUCCUCCUUAUUCUAUCACAGAGUUCCUUGAAUGCAACUUUCCCAAGGCCUUUCAUAGGGACAGUUAAAUGGUUCCUCUUCCUGAAUUCAAAACCAUCUUCAGACGCUUACUAGCUGUGACUAGUGACCCUGGGCAAGUCACUUCACCCUGUGUGCCUCUGUUUCCUCAUCUGUAAAAUGAGCUGGAGAAGGAAACAGUAAACACUCUAGUAUCUCUGCGAAGAACACUCCAAUGGGGUCAUGAAGAGUCAGAAACGGUUGAACAACAACCAACCAACCAAAGAUCCUACAUACACAUCUAACAAUACCAAGGAUGACCUUCUUAUCUAUCAUCAUGAACUAAGAGCCCAGAGUCACUGGCUUCCAGGGUUCCCUUCGUUUUGACACCACUGUUUUCCCCUUCAUUAGAACAAGGGCUCCCAAUAUGGAAAAUUGCUUUGCUUGACUAUGAUUAUUAGGAGGAUUUUCUUUUUUUCCUUUUUCCUUUUUUCUUUUUCAGUGCAAGAUCAAGGGGUACAAGGGAGAGAGAAUAAAUACUUGUUAAUUGGGGGGGGGAACUUAAAAGAAAGAGAAUCUAGUGAGGCAGCAAAGUACCCCAGUGGACAGCGUGCCAGGGCUGGAGAUAAGAGGUUCUGGAUCCAAAUCUGGCCUCAGACAAGCCACUUAACCCUAAUUGCCUAGCCCUUACUGGUCUUUUGUUUUAGAGUUAAUACAGAGUGGGCAGCUAGGUGGCUCAGGGAUUGAGAGCCAAGCCUAGAGAUGGGAGGUUCUGGAUUCAAAAUCUCGUCUUAGACACUUCCCAGCUGUGUGACCCUGGGCAAGUCACUUCACCCCCAUUGCCUAGCCCUUACUGUUCUUCUGCCUAGGAACUUAUACUUAGUGUUGGUUCCAAGAUGGAAGGUAAAGGUUUAAAUUAAAACAACAACAACAAAAAAAACCCAAGUCUUUCCCCCAUUUUUCAGAAGAUCUGAAUUAUCAAUCAGGUCAAUCAAGAAUUUACCAGCUGUUCUGCUCUUAGCAGAGAGAAUCUUCCAGUUCUGACAAACUGAAAGUUUCCCAUCUGUGUCAAGGAAGCUCAUCCCCUCCCCUUCCUGAGUAACUUUACCUGUCUAUCAGACUUUCCUGACAUACCACAGUUGCACCAGGGUUGCGUUGGUGUACGUUCUGUAUGUCAAUAAAAGUUAAGGUUUGGGGCAGAAUCGGGGGAGACUGACGAAAAAAUCAGGAGAACCACGAGUCAAAGAGCCAGUGCAGGCAGGUGAGGGGGAAUGAGGAAGAGAUGGGCAGGCUAGGCACCACGUGGUCAGGUUACUUAUAGGAACAUUGUCUAUCUACCUU